AGGCCGCAUAUAUAAGCCAGAAGACAGCGCCGCGCCAGUCACUACAGUGCAGUGCCGUGCUAUCGUCAUGGCCGUAGUGUGGAAACAUCUAGUGUUAUGUGCGUUACUGAGCGGUGUCGUCCACUUCGGUAGCGCCUUGGUUGCCCCUAGAAGAGUCAAGAGGCAACAGCAGAACGACGAGACGACGACCAAGAAAGAAGAGAGCUUUGAGACAGAACUCUGCAAAGACAAGGAUGCCGGGGAGUGGUUCAGGUUGGUCGCCGGAGAGGGCGAUAACUGCAGAGAUGUGAUCCAGUGCACAUCGUCGGGACUGCAAGCCAUCAGGUGUCCCGCAGGUCUGUUCUUCGACAUCGAAAAACAAACCUGUGACUGGAAGGGUGCAGUGAAGAACUGCAAACUAAAGAACAAGGAGAGGAAAGUCAAACCUUUGCUGUACACAGACGAGCCCCUCUGUCAGGAUGGGUUCCUGGCUUGCGGUGAUGGCGCUUGUAUAGAGCGAGGUCUCUUCUGCAACGGAGAGAAGGACUGCACAGACGGAUCUGAUGAAAACACUUGCGAUAACGACAACGACCCGAACCGCGCACCCCCGUGCGACCCAGCGGUGUGUGUCCUUCCAGACUGCUUUUGCUCUGAGGAUGGCACAGCCAUCCCGGGCGAUCUUCCUUAUAAGGACGUUCCUCAGAUGAUCACCAUCACCUUUGACGAUGCCAUCAACAACAACAACAUCGAGUUGUAUAAGGAGAUGUUCAAUGGUAAGAGGAAGAACCCCAACGGCUGCGACAUCAAGGCGACUUUCUUUGUGUCUCACAAGUACACAAAUUACUCCGCUGUCCAGGAAAUGCACAGGAAGGGUCACGAGAUCGCUGUACACUCCAUCACUCACGGGUGUUGCAGACACAAUGACGAAGAACAGUUCUGGAGCAACGCUACUGUCGACGACUGGGCCAAGGAGAUGGCUGGCAUGAGGGUUAUUGCCGAGAAGUACGCUAAUCUGACCGACAACAGCGUGGUGGGAGUGAGAGCUCCUUACCUCAGGGUGGGAGGAAACAACCAGUUCACCAUGAUGGAGGAGCAAGCGUUCUUGUACGACUCUACCAUCACCGCUCCCCUCAGCAACCCUCCUCUCUGGCCGUACACCAUGUACUUCCGCAUGCCUCACAGAUGUCACGGCAAUCUCCAGCACUGCCCCACCAGGAGUCACGCCGUCUGGGAGAUGGUCAUGAACGAGCUCGACCGCAGAGAGGACCCCAACUUCGACGAGUACCUCCCUGGAUGCGCUAUGGUCGACUCCUGCUCCAACAUCUUGUCGGGAGACCAGUUCUACAACUUCUUAAACCACAACUUCGACAGACAUUACGACCAGAAUCGUGCCCCCUUAGGUCUUUAUUUCCACGCCGCUUGGCUUAAGAACAACCCCGAGUACUUGGACGCCUUCCUCUACUGGGUCGACGAGGUGCUGGAGAAGUACAACGACGUCUACUUCGUCACGAUGACACAAGUCAUCCAGUGGAUCCAGAACCCCAGAACAGUCUCGGAGGUGAAGAACUUCGAGCCCUGGAGGGAAAAGUGCGCGGUUGAGGGAAACCCGGCUUGUUGGGUUCCUCACUCCUGCAAGCUCACGUCCAAGGAAGUUCCCGGGGAGACCAUCAACCUGCAGACGUGCGUCAGAUGUCCCAACAACUACCCCUGGGUCAACGACCCCACCGGAGACGGGUUUUUCUAAGUCAAAGAUCUCAUCUGUGCGGAAUCAAAUCGUGCUCUCCGCCCCGCCUCGGACUCAAACUCUUCUCCCGUGAACGACUGAAGUGACGUGUGCGUUGUGAUUGUUUAUUUUAAUUUUCUUCUCGAAGGGAUCGAAGGACAGAGGAUAGUGUGGGGCUCGAGUCAUUGUAAAUUAUAGUCUUGUUUCGAAUGUACAAAGUCUAGGAGGCCGCGGCCGGGUCCGCCGUUCAACAAGCUCAAGACUUUACAACUUGCCAAAUGUUAACGUGCUUCGCACUUGCAACUAAAAUUGUGAUUUUAAAAUGAAAUCGUUUUUUAUAAAUAUUUGUGUAAAUUAUUCAAUUUUCAUUUCUAUGUUACACUAAUUAAUAGUUAGUAAAAUCGUCCAAACUCUC